GUUCGGCCAUGUUGGGUGUAUGUUACAGCAGGAAUGUGUAUAUCAACAAAGGGAUCGAGCAUAAUAUGUGACUUGUGAUCAAUAAAUCCUGGCUGAUUAACAGACGGUAUGUUAUUGAUUCUCGCGUGUUUGGGUCUUUCCACAUGGCACAAAUUUAUCCUAUUGACCUCACCCGUCAUCCCUCACCCUUUCACGGAGGCUGGAAUCCCCUGCAGCCAUCAAACGAUGAAAUCCAGAGGAUGUGCAAUGCGGUGAGGAACGAGGUUCAGAGUUAUGAGCGGAGAAUUUUUCAAGUGUUUCGUGCCGUGCAGUACAGAACCCAAGUCUUGUCCUGGACGACUCACUUCAUUAAGGUUUAUGUUGGCGGUAAUGAGUUUGUUCAUGUGAAGGUCCACAAAGAUAUCGAGAAGAACGUCCACCUUAUCUGUUAUGUGAGUGAGAAGACUGGAAGUGCUCCAAUCAUGUACUUCUGAGAUCCAGACCUGUCCUUCCUGUGAAGUGGGAGAAUACUGUAUAUAGG